AUGUUUGCUCGUAUCUCUGCUUUCUCUCUUGCCAUCCUGGCUUUACCUCUUCUCGUGGCCAGUAGCUCUAUCCCAAGACAAGAGACUAACACGACCGUCACCGGCGGCAAGUGUAACACCGGUUCAGCGCAAUGCUGCAAGUCUGUUCAGGACCCCAAGUCUGACGCUGCCCAGAAUGCCUUGGGUCUUUUGGGAAUCCCCAUCGGUGCUGUCACCGCCAACGUUGGUCUCACUUGUGACCCCAUCACCGUCAUCGGCCUCGGUACGACAUCGUGUGCUAACCAGCCCGUUUGCUGCGAGAACAACAGCUUUAAUGGUGUGGUCGCUCUGGGCUGUACUCCCCUUAACGUAGUAGCUUAA